AUGUCUUCACUACAGUGGGACAGGAUAUUGGUUGGAAUUACUUGUGUAGUGACCAUGACCCUUUGGGCACUGUGUAUUUGGCAGCUUGUCCUCAGAUUUGAAACAGACACUACAGAACCCAUGGUACCUCCAUGCUUGUGCCUCAGUGGUGGCAUCUGUCAGGAUGGAGCCUGCGUGUGCCCAGAGGAGUGGGUGGGAUCUCUUUGUGAGAUAGUUAAUUUCUGUGAAGCCAGUUCUUACACGGUGAAUAUUUCUGAAAGAAACAAAACCCUUACUUUUGGAUGGAUUAGAGUGGGUAAAUAUGGCAACUCUGAACAAAAAUGCGAACCUGAUACUGUGAACGGUAACACUUCAAUAGCAAUCCGGUUGUGCUCUAGAGAAGGGAGAACUCCUACUUUAGAUCCUCAGAUUCUGAAUUGUAAUGAAAAUAUGGACUCCCCAGCAUCACAGGUUGAAACUGCAGACUCUAGCAAUGUUUCAGCUAUUGCAAGUAAUACUCAAAUCCUCACCUCCACGCCAGACCAACUGGCCACACAGAACAUCUCUGCUGCUGUGAACAUCACAGCACAGAUUCUGAAAAAGCCAAAUGUUUCAGAAGACUAUCAGGCAUCUGUGGCAUUAAUGGCUACAGCGAGUCAACUCAUGGCUGCCAAUGAAACAGAAUUCAACCACGAUAACCUUGUCAAUGUUACAUCUUCCAAUGCAGCCUUAAUGGAGGAAUUUUCUUUGACUGGCAACAUCUCACAGCCCAAUGUCGCAAUCCAGUCUGCUCCACUGAAAACAAGCUCCUCUACAACUCUGUUUUCAGCACAGAGAGAUACAGCACUGGGAUAAUAUCAGUCAGCAAAACUAGGAAUACAGGAAAAUGUGCCUGGGCUUAAUGGUGACCUCAGUACUGAAGUUCAGAUAGGACAACUGUCAGUAUAUGUUGUCUGCUGGUGCAUAUCUGUUUAUGUUUCUGUAACCAUUUUUUCUGCUCCCAAUCCAUAGUACAACACAUCUGAACUGCAGCUGCGUGAUCAUGCCUGUGUCUUUUGGGACUAUGCUGUCAACGACUGGAGCACGGCUGGUUGUGCAAAAGGAAGAGACCAGUUCUUGAUAUGCAGGUGUAAUCACACCACUAAUUUUGGUGUCCUGAUGUCCUUUCAGAUCAAAUAUAAACAUGCAAAGCCUUUGGAGUAUGUAUCUUACAUUGGUGUUGGACUGUCCAUGGCUGGUCUGGUCAUCACUAUUUUGUUUCAAAUAUUCACUAGGAAAACUUGAAAAACAUCGGUAACAUGGAUGUUAGUGAGUCUCUGUUUCAUUUUUAACAUUAUCUUCAUCUCCGGAAUUGAAAGCCAAAAUGCCAAGAAUCAUAGCAGUGACACCACCAGCUACUACCAGCAACACUUUCCUUAUGAUAUUGCCAGUCACACCUUACUCACAUCUGAUGGUGUAGGUCCUCCUGCAGACUCCUAGUGUACAGCUGUGGCUGUCCUACUGCACUAUUUUUUGUUGGCAACAUUUAUGUGGACAGCACUCAACUCUGCAUGGCUGCUUAGAGCCAUGAAGCUCCUGCCUGGCCGCUUCCUCAUAACCACAUCAGUAACUGGAUGGGGAAUCCCUGCUGCAGUAGUUGCUACAACACUUGGAGCUACUUACAGAGAAGGAAAAGCUUUAAACUACCAACAGGAGGAAUUUUUCUGGCUUGCAGCACUGGAUCAAAAUCAGAAUUUCGGUGUGCAAAAGCCCAUGUUGUGGUCAUUCCUUCUGCCAGCAGCACUCAUAAUCCUGUUUAACAUCAACUUCAUCAAGAUCACAGUCUCUGUAAUAUGGAAGAAGAAUGAGAAUUUGACAAGGAAUAAAAAGAAUUCAUUUAGGAAAAAGAUGAUUGGCACUAUCUCUAUAGUAGUAGUGCUUGGAGUCACCUGGACAAUAGGCUACCGCAUGUUAAAAGGUCAUGAAAAAGCAAGUUUUGUUUUCAGCUCUCUCUUCUGCAUUUUCAAUGCUACCCAGGGACUUCAGGUUUGUAUUCUCUACACUUUCAGAUCACAAAUCUUCAAGAAAAGAGUUUCUGAAGCAUUUGCUGUUUUCUGGGUGCUAAAGGUAUCACUGUAUCUGCAUUCAAAAACUUACUAUGUUUCAAAAUCACAGCCUGCAAGACAUUCACAGGAAACUUUCGGAUCACCCCAGAUUUUUUCAGAGAAUAUUUCCUUGUCUACCUUCCCUAGCUAUACUUUUGCAAGAGAGCCUGAAAGGCUUUACCCUAAACUCUGGCUGCUUGCUGAACGCAGGUUAAACGAAUCCCAUCCCCGCCAGGGGAGCGCGGGGGCACGCACGGCGGGGGCGGGGACAGAGGGCAGCGCCAGACGCCUCCAGCCGCAACGGGGUGGCCACGCCCCCUACGGGAAACCACGCCUAUCGCCCGAGAAGCCACGCCCCAACUCGCACCACCCCGAAACCCACGCCCCCUGGGGAAAGCCACGCCCCCAUCAGUCGACGCACGGUCGCGCGGCGGCGGAAGGCGGGAAAGGGGUGUGGCGUGGGCGUGGCCGCUCCGGCGUGCGCGCUGAGGUGUCUGCCCGCCUGUCUGGCGGCUUCGAGCGCGCAUGCGCGCGGCUGGCGCAGGCCCGGCAGACGCAGCUGUCCCUUCCAGCCCCUUUUUUUUUCUUCCUCUUCCCCCUGCCACGUCCCAGGUGGUGGUGGCGGAGGUGGCGGCGGCGGCUGUUGUGUUUACGCUCGGGCUCGGACUGGGCGACGGGGGAGUCUCCACCGGUGGGACCGUAA